AUGCUACUGCUCAUGUUCACUGCCAAUAUGUUUUUUGCUGUUGGAGUUGUUUCCAUGCCCGUAUCGGACCAUGGGCCCCACAUUGCCCACGGCUGGGGCCAGGUGGUCCGGCUCAGGCACCUGUACGCCGCCAGACCGGGACUGCACCUACUGAUUAGUGGAGAUGGACAGAUCUAUGGCUCUGCGGACCAGACUCGAACUGCAGGCCUGCUGGAGAUCCGUCCAGUGGAUCCAGGCUGUGUUGUCAUCAAAGGAGUAGCAACAGCACGGUUUCUCUGCAUGGAAGGCGAUGGAAAACUGUACUCAUCGCACACCUACAGCAGAGACGACUGCACCUUCAGAGAGCAGAUCAUGCCGGAUGGGUACAACAUCUACGUGUCUGACAGACACGAAGCCCUGCUCAGUCUGGGAAACCACCGGCAGAGACUACAGGGUCGAGACCGAGAUGUCCCGGCUCUUGCCCAGUUCCUCCCCAGGAUCAGCACCCUGGAAAAGGCCUUGUCCCUUGGACUUGCUGUCCCUCACCAGGUGGGACAGAGCACAGCCCAAACAGAAGAACCAGUGGACACGAUGGACUCGUUUGGGAAGCUGUCUCAGAUCAUUCACAGUCCCAGCUUCCACAAGAGAUGA